UCUACAACACCACAACGCCAAAUCGGUAGACUACCACUGGCACCUUAUUGCACCAUCAUCAUGAAGGUCAACAUCAUUUCUCUCUCCCUUCUCAGCCUUCUGUGGGCGGGAAUUGGCCUCGCCGCCCCGGUCGACAAUGCUGUCGACGAUACAACUCCGGAGGUCGGUGGAGAGGAUUCCAUCCAGGAGAUUCUGCGAGGAACCUGCAGCAGCGUGACGCAGCAGUGCACGGCGCAGAAGCGUCCCGGAAGCGUUUAUCACGCUCCGUGUCCGAGAGACCACCGAUGUGGUGCGCGACACACCUGCAACAUCGAUACUAUCCGGCUUACGGCGGUUUGCAGCUGAGCGGCUGUGGUCGAUUAGCUCAGGAUCAAAACGGGCGAUUCUGUGCGCUACAGCGACG